AUGCACUCGCCAACUAGUCAAACCAUUGUCGUUGGUUCAGGACUUGCGGGGUUGACUACAACGUUGCAGCUUAUUUCGCAUAAUCAUAAAGUUACCUUGAUUGAAAAGACUUCCAAAUUGGGUGGUAAUUCAAUUAAAGCUUCAUCUGGUAUCAAUGGGGUUCCUACAAUAUACCAAAAUAAUGAUGAUACUGUUGAAGUCUUUAAAGACGACACACUCAAGUCUGGAAAAGGAUUAUGUAAUCUUGCUUUAGUUGAUGAAUUAACAUCACGAUCACGUGAUGCAAUUGAAUGGUUGACUCAAGACUUGAAGAUUGAUCUUUCGCUGGUUACCCAGUUAGGUGGGCAUUCAUUUGCUAGGACCCAUAAAGGGGCUGGUAAAUUACCUCCUGGGUUCGCCAUAGUUCUGACUUUGGUUAAGCGUAUUGAACAGAUUCAAGAAAGUAACCCAGACAUCUUGACUAUAUUGAAGAGUAGUCGUUUGAGCAAAAUAUUAUCAGAAAAUGGCAAAGUCAAUGGAGUUCAAUAUCAAAAUGAAAUCACCAAUGACUUGAAGGAUGAACAUGGCGAAAAUGUAGUGUUAGCAACUGGUGGGUUUUCAGCAGACACUCAGAAUUUGGAUACAUCUUUGCUCAAACAAUAUCGUCCAGACUUACUCCAAUUCCCAUCGUCCAACGGUGAACAAACAACAGGAGAUGGACAAAAAGUUGCCUUGCGGGACGUGGAUGCUCAUUUGAUUCAAAUGGAUCAAAUUCAAGUCCAUCCAACUGGAUUCAUUAAGCUAGACAAUGUUGAAUCCCACUGGAAAUUCCUUUGUGGCGAGCUCAUGCGUGGUAUCGGAGGUAUUUUGCUAUCUCCCGCUGGGAAAAGAUUUGUUAAUGAAUUGACUACAAGGGAUGUCGUUACGGAUGCUGUAAUAAAAAAUUGUCAAGUGAAGCAAGAAAACGAAAUGAGUUUGCCAGUUGGGACUUAUGUCUCUGUGCUUGUUGUUAGUGGUGACGACUAUCCAAAAGCAGCAAAUCAUAUAGACUUUUAUGCCUCCCAAGGGUUACUACAAAAGGGGACUGUUGAGGAUUUAUUAAAGUUGUUACAAAAAAUCAACCCUGAGAAUGAAAAAUUAAAUGUUGGCAGUUUGCAACAAGUACUAGAUGAUUAUGGUAAUGAUGUGAAAACCAAACAAGAUCCAUUAGGUCGAAGCGUAUUUGGAGGUGCAAUAUCCUCUCAAUUUUACUUUGGCUUAACAACGCCAGUAUUACAUUUUGCCAUGGGUGGAAUUGAAGUGGAUUCCAAUGCGCGUGCAAUAAACGCUCAAGGCAAAGUGAUCCCAAACUUAUACGCUGUCGGUGAGGUUAGUGCUGGAGUUCACGGCGCAAAUAGGCUUGGGGGAAGUUCCUUAUUGGAAUGUGUAGUCUUUGGCAAGAUUGUUAGUCAACAAAUCUUGAACAGUUGA